AUGGGGUUUCGCCAUCGAGAUUUUCCGGAUCAUGUGUGUCUUCUUAAAAAGUCCCUUUAUGGGCUUAAACAAGCACCUAGGGCGUGGUACCAAAGAUUUACAGAUUCUGUUACUUCUAUGGGUUUCUUGCAGAGUCGAUGUGAUAACUCUCUCUUCACAUAUCAUCACGGCGGUGACAUUGCUUAUUUAUUAAUUUAUGUUGAUGAUAUUAUUCUCACUACUUCAACUGACUCGCUUCGCGUCAAGCUCAUGGGCAGCCUCACGGCUGAGUUUGCAAUGAAAGAUCUUGGACCUCUCAGCUAUUUCUUGGGUAUUACGGUUUCUCGCACAGGUCACAAAAUGUUUCUAUCACAACAAUCUUAUGCCUUGGAUAUUGUCAACCGUGCGGGUAUGUCUACUUGUAACCCGGUCGCCACCCCUGUUGAUAAAAAAGCGAAACUUAGUGCUCAAUCUAGCGUCCCGUUUGAUGAUCACACUUUAUAUCGCAGUCUUGCGGGCGCCCUCCAGUAUCUCACUUUCACUAUGUCCGAUAUCAGUUAUGCUGUUCAACAAAUAUGCAUUCACAUGCAUAAUCCUAGCAUCGAACACUGGCAAGCAUUGAAGUGUAUUAUCCGUUACAUCCGCGGCACAGCAGAAUAUGGUCUCACUCUAUCUCCGUGUACUGAUAUCUCUCUACGGGCUUAUACAGAUGCUGAUUGGGCGGGGUGUCCAGAUACCCGUCGCUCUACCUCAGGUUAUUGUGUCUACAUGGGACAAAAUCUAUUGUCUUGA